GGCGGCGAUGGCGACUGGAGACGAGCAUGCUUCCUCUGAAGUUUUGAGAGGACUCGCCCGACAUUUAAAUUGUCUGAACGAAGACAACAAGGCGACAAGAAAAAGAGCUCUGGAGGCGAUCAAGAAGGAGACGGUUGAUAAAGGACUAUCCAGCAGCGCCUUACAGGAAGUCUUUUCUUCCCUCCUCAAGCCUCUCCUUAAAUGCCUGUCAGACCCAAUGGAAAGAUGCAGAGAAACUACUAUAGCGGUUUUAACAGAGUUUAUCCGAUGUGUCCCGAAGCCGGAGGAAUCGCUGCCUUAUCUCAUGCCCUGCUUGGCUCAGCGAUUUGGGGAGAAGGAGAUCCUGGAGCCGGCGGAGGAACUUCGCCUGUCGGCCGUGGAAAUGCUGACUCUAAUAGUGGAAGUGUGCGGGAAGAAUUUAGCACCCUAUCUGAGCGAAGUGAUCAACAUACUACAGAGAACCAUCGUAGACCCUUUCCCCGAUGUUAAACGUGAAAGCUGCAAGUGCACCGUGAACUUUGCGAAGUGUGUGCCAGAGCACUUUCACAUGCAAGCCGAGUGUCUCAUUAAGCCCCUCAUGUUGACAAUUGCUCAUCAGCACACUCGGGUACGGGUUUCUGUCAUCGAAGCCACUGGGGCGGUCAUUCAGCAUGGAAGUGGGAAAAAAGUGGAUGACGUGCUCUCUCACCUGGCACAGAGACUGUUUGACGACUCACCUCAGGUGAGAAAAGCUGUGACUGCAGUCGUUGGUGAUUGGCUGUUGCACUUCAGAGACAGAUAUUCUUAUUUUCACAAACUCAUCCCUCUCCUGCUCAGCACCAUCAAUGAUGAGAUCCCAGAAAUAAGACUUCUAGCCGUUGAUCUGUGGAAGCAGGUAGGCGCACAGUGGGAGAAGGAGAAUGAAGAUGACAUCAAGGACAAAAUGGACUUCCUUCUCACUCCACCUCCACAUUACCCAUCAGAAGUGGAGCGUCCAGGGUUAGGCUGCAGAGAGCUGGUUGUGAGAAAUCUGGGGAAGCUGGUACCGGCUAUCACACACGAUGUGACCGAUUGGCUGGUGCCAACGCGGGUUAAGACCUCUCAGCUUCUCUCAGUGCUGCUGCUCCACGCCGAGGACCAUUGCAUCCAGCACCUGCCAGCCCUAUUGGCCACCCUCUAUCGGGCCUGCACAGAUAGCGAGAGGGACGUAGUCAACAAUUGUCUGGCAGCUGCUAAACUGAUAGGGACCUUUGUCCCUCCACCUGUUUUCCUCAAACUGCUGCUGGAUCACGUGGCCAGCCCACACUCUUCCUCCCACCCUUGGGCCCCCCUCAUGGUCCUGGCUGCCGUGCUCGGAGGAUGCUCCAGGCCCCUCCUUAAACCACACAUCCAGCAGGUCGCCAACACUCUGGCCCAGCCCGAUGUGUGCCAGGGAUAUCAACAGGUUAUGUACUUGGAGCAGUUGCUGGCGUGUGUGGAUGUGCUGCUGCAUCAGUGUGAAUCAGACUGCAUCUCAGUGAGCCUGCAGCUGCUCCAAGUGCUCAUCGCUGUCCAGAGCUUCUCCACUGAGCCACAGCUGAGCGAAAAGGCGUUGGAGAGUGUGCAGUUCUUGUGUAAGGUGCAAGGCUUGGACUUGGUGAUGGAGCUCUAUAGACAACAUAUGGGCCAGCUGCUGGACUGGCUGUCUGCCUCUGUCAACACCUGGUCCAGUUACUCCCCAGAGAGACUUCAGCUGCAUAUCGUAGUCAUACAAUCAGGUCCAGUGAUCGGCGAGUUUUUGAGCCAGUUAAUGCCUCUUCUCCAUAACUGCCUCCAACCAAACAGAGACCCAGAGAUGAGGAUGAGCAUCUUCACAAUGCUUGCAAAGUUGCUGCUGGAUGCAAACAAAACACUGGAUUCUCAGGGGCGUUUCCAUGACGAUUCAGAGAGGUUUCUGAGUGACAUCCUGCUUCCUAACCUGGUGUGGCACGCAGGCCGCACCGCCGCUGCCGUCCGCACCUCUGCCCUCAGCUGUCUGCUGGCAGUGCUGCAUGGAGGUGCCAUCACACGUGGACAGCUGAUCAGUCUGGAGGACAGGAUGCAUCCCCAGGUGUUGUCGGGCCUGGAGGAGGACUCUCAGAUGAGCCGACUGUUGGCUUGUCGCUGUCUGUGUGCCAUACUCAGACUCACAGGAACCAGUUUGCACCAUGAGGCUCUCAAUAAGAUUUACCCCGAGCUUCUGAAGCGUCUGGAUGAUAGCAGCGAGGAGGUGCGCGGUGUGGCCCUGCAGGCUGUGGGGCUGUGGUUUUCCAGCCUGACCAAAGACUACAACCCUGUGCUCUGCGGUGCUCAUCUGCAGCUUCUCUUUCAGCAGCUGCUCCUGCACCUGGAUGACCCUGACAGUUCAGUGCAGGACCAAGUGCUCGAAAUCCUGAAGAAAGGCAGCUCGGCGCACCCUGCACUUCUGAAGAAGGAGGUGGAGGCUGUCCGGGACAAACAGCGAAGUCCUGUCUACUGCGAUCAGCUGCUCCAGCACAUCAGCUCACUGCCCACAGAGUCCACAGCAAGCUGCACGGAGUGACGCUGCACACGGAGAAACGGAGACAGAUGUUUGUGCCUUAACUGUGAAAAAAGUGUUCACUUUCUGUUCUUUGAAGUCUAUUUAAAUGUUUUUUGUUUGUUUUUUUAGCAAGAGUAGAAAACAUUUCCAUGACCUGUUCAUUACCUCACCAUUGUUCUUGAGUACUAUGAGUUUUAUGACUAAAUUUUCUUUAAAAAAAAAAAGAAAAAAAAAAAGGAUUUUUUAAAUAAUUUUUUUUUAUUCAUGUACAGUGUCUCCUUAAUUUGCUGUGUUCUGCAUUCAUUCCUCGUGCUGUACUCCUUUGGCUCUAAUGUUUGAUUUUAAGAAAAAUGUUUUCAAACUGUUGUAUGUUUGGUUGUUUGUGCAUAUCCUGUUUGUACUAAACCGGUCAGAGGAGCUGGUCAUGUGAUUUUUACCUUCAAA